CCGAAAGAUAAGCCCCUCUACCAGUGGUCACAUUCAGAUUUCUUCGAUUGCUGCGGACAGCGAAGCAGGGAGCCGUGCGGAAAAAAAAAACAGUGUUGGGAACACAGGGCAGGACCAAAUUGCGUUGUUGCAGCCGGGGAGAAGAGUAGGAAGAAGAAAUGGCUGCGAUACCAGCAGCGAUCUCCGGCUGCUGCUCUUCGUCUCGGCUGUCCCAGCCUGCUGGCCUCCUGCCAUCCUCGAGCCGACGGCGCUUCAAGGUGACGGCCAUGGCGCCCAAGAAGAAGGUGAACCGGUACGACGAGAACUGGUCGAAGCAGUGGUUCGGCGCGGGCAUCUUCGCGGAGGGGAGCGAGGAGGUGUCGGUGGACGUGUUCAAGAAGCUGGAGCGGCGCAAGGUGCUGAGCACGGUGGAGAAGGCCGGCCUGCUGUCCAAGGCCGAGGAGCUGGGCGUCACGCUCUCCUCGCUGGAGCAGCUGGGCCUGCUCUCCAAGGCCGAGGACCUGGGCCUGCUCAGCCUCGUCGAGACCGCGGCGGGCACGUCCCCCUCCGUGCUCGCGUCCAUCUCGCUGCCGCUUCUCGUCGCCGCCGUCGCCGAGGUGGUCGUCGUGCCCGACGACUCCGUCGCGCUCGUCGCCGUCCAGGCCGUCGUCGCCGCCGUGCUCGCGGCCGGGGCCGCCGGGCUGUUCGUGGGGUCCGUCGUGCUCGCCGGCCUGCAGGAGUCGGAUUGAUCAGCGGCUGCUCGCUCGCCGAUAGCUUCGCGGAGCUGGGUAAACCAUGCUGCGUACGCCGUCGUCAGCGCUACCGCAUCCGAGUAAUUAAGCCUUGUAGCAUAGGAUCGUUAUUGUUAACAAUUAAUGGAAUUAUGUGAUGCAAUGUAAUAGCCUUUUGGUAUUUACUCCAUGCAAUGCAAGUGUGAAAUGCUGAAGAAAGUACGGUGAAAGGGAUGGUCGCUUUCCUUGUACAGUUGGGGAAUCACGAAGUGUUUCUUCUGUUUGCCCAAUGCAAAUACAGGCAUCUGUGUGCUUGUACCUACCAUCAGGUAUCAGAUUUUGAUGUCA